AUGGCUCAAAAACUAGGAACCGAAGAAAGGUCGGAUUUUAGGAAUAUAUACUCCGCCGAAGAGAUCGUCCACGGCAAGCACCUAGGACAUGUAAAGACGGAGGAAGAUAUAGAGCUGAUCAACCCUAAUGAGGUAAGCAAGAUAUCCAUUGCAAACUCUCCACAAAACAUUAUGAAGUUGUUAAAUGAUGGUUUUAUUAUUAAGAAACCUAUAAAGAUUAACUCAAGAUCACAUGCUAGAUGCAUGGCAGAAGAAAAGAGGAUGGGACACCAUUCUAGAUAUUGUAAGAACAUGGGUACUAGGGGGUCUAGGUUGCCCACUAAGGUUCUAUGGAUGAGGAGGACGAGAGUUUUGAGGUGUUCGCUUAGGAAAUAUCAAGAAGCUAAGAAAGUUGAUAAGCACAUGUGCCAUGAUAUGAAUAUAAAGGUGAAAGGUAAUGUUUUCAAGAACAAGAGAGUUUUGAUGGAGAGUAUCCACAAGUCUACUGGAGAAAAGGAAAAAGAAAAGAUAUUUUUUGAUCAAUUUGAAGCCAAGAGGGCCAAGAGCAAGGCGAGCAGGGAGAAUAAGAUUUUUAGAAAUGAGGAACAUUUGGCUCAGAUGCUUAGGUCCCUGGAGAAAAAGAACCACAUACAGUAG